CGGCUUGAGAAGAGCAGGGGUCUCACCUGGUUUCCCCCACUUCCGAGUCAUCCCCAUUGCCAGUGAGCCUGGUCACCCUCUCCUGUGGCCAUGGAGAACUCCUCCCACCCUGACACCAAUUCCUCAUGUGCAGACUGCACCAGGAGAGGGGAUGGGGGUCUGAAUAUGUCCACUCCCCCACUGAGCCCCAGCUUCUACGUCACGGUGCCUGUUAUCUACUCAGUCAUCUGUGCCGUGGGGCUGACAGGCAACACCGCCGUCAUCUAUGUAAUCCUCAAAGCCCCGAAGAUGAAAACGGUCACCAACAUCUUCAUCCUCAACCUGGCCAUUGCUGACGAGCUCUUCACCUUGGUGCUACCCAUCAACAUUGCUGACUACCUGCUCCUGCAGUGGCCCUUUGGAGAGUUCAUGUGCAAGCUCAUCAUCUCCAUAGACCAGUACAACACCUUCUCCAGCAUCUACUUCCUCACUGUCAUGAGCAUUGACCGCUACCUGGUCGUGGUGGCCACCACCAAGUCCAGGAAGAUGUCCUACCGCACCUACCGAGCAGCCAAGAUCGUGAGCCUCUGCGUCUGGUCCUUUGUCACUGUCAUCAUCCUGCCCUUCACUGUCUUUGCUAAGAUACACAAGGAGCAGGGGCGCUCCCAGUGUGUCUUCGUGUUCCCCCACCCUGAGAGCAUGUGGUGGAAAGGCAGUCGGAUCUAUACCCUUAUUUUAGGCUUUGCCAUCCCAGUGUCCACCAUCUGCAUCCUCUAUACCACCAUGCUGUGCAAAUUAAGACGCGUGCACCUCCACUGCAAUGCAAAAGCCCUGGACAAAGCCAAAAAAAAGGUGACGCUGAUGGUGGUUGUCAUCCUGGCUGCGUGCCUGUUCUGCUGGACGCCCUAUCACCUUAGCACGGUGGUGGCCCUCACCACAGACAUCCCACAAACUCCACUCAUCAUUGGGAUUUCCUACUUCAUCACUAGCUUGAGUUAUGCCAACAGCUGCUUCAACCCUUUCCUGUAUGCCUUUCUGGAUGACAGUUUCCGGAGGAGCUUUCGCAAACUGAUAGAUUGCAGAACCACCUCAUAAAGCCAACCCUCUGUCCCCUUCUGUGCCCCUCUCACAGUCAUCUGCUCUUCCUGGGGGACUCCAGCCCAAAGAAUGCUUUCUCUCCAGCCUCCUCGUGAUGGCCCACAGGGCUUCAGAUUGUCUCACUAUACAAGACACAAACUGGGGACAGGGCGAUCUUUCUCAACUUUCCUGCAUUCAUUUCCUCAGCACUGCUCUCCAUCCCUUGCCUUGGUUUUUUUGUUUGUUUGUUUGUUUGUUAGUUUUUAUUUCCUUCUCUCUAAUGUGCUUUCUGUCCUAGGUUUGUAGCUCACAGAGCUGCAGCAGGUCCCUUUUCCCCUUUUAAAGUUAUCGCUUUGUGAACUCAAGCCACACAACUGUGUCUAUUACUGGUGAUUCGUAAAGCCCAAUAAAGGUGUGUUAUUGAGCAUCUUG